AAUCAGUUCUAAAAUAUCUGCGCAAUCAGAUCGUCGACGUUCGUAUAUCGUGCUGUAUUGUCUUGGAACCUUUAUCCCACUACUUAUGCUCAUCAGCAUAACAGAGUCUAAAAAAGCGUUCGAUUACUGCCAAGCGGGACUGUGUGCAACCGGAACUCGUCAUGUGGCAUGCAACGGACACAAAUUCGGAAGUAACUGCAGCAGACCCAUGCUGAUCAAAAUGUCACCCAAAUACGUCAAUCUUAUACUAAACUUUCACAAUACCAAACGGAAUCACCUAGCUUGCGGGUCGAUGCGACGUUAUGCUUCGGCGAGUGCUAUGCAGAAGUUGCAUUGGAGCGAUGAAUUGUCCCAGCUGGCGGAAUACAAUGCCAAAAGUUGCAAUUUCGCACAUGACGAGUGCCACAAUACCGUCAAACACCGCCACACCGGACAAAGCAUUGGGAUGAAGUGGUUCCAUGGAUUCAACUACACGACAACCCACGUUGUGCGAGAUAUUAUACGAAAAUGGUACUUGGAACACAAGUUAACCAAACAACGAGACAUGGAUCGAUUUGUUUUCGGUCCUCACACAUUCGAUAUCGGCCACUUUACACAAAUUGUUAAUGCAGACACCACCGAGGUCGGUUGUGCUCUAGUUCGUUUCCAGAAGCGACAGAAAAGCUUAUCGUUUGUGCACUACUAUUUGGUGUGCAACUACUCCGAAGGUAAUCUGUACGACCGACCGGUGUAUCAAAAAGGGAAGCGAUGCAGUAAAUGCAAACACGGAUGCACCAUGGGACAAUUCCGCUGUUUAUGUCGUGGAUGAAUUAUGAGACCCUUAUUUCAUUAAAACUUCCAAGCUCUCUAGCCAUAAGUGUUUUUUGUAGGUUUCUAGAGCGUGCGACAGGUAAACAAUUAGAUGACACAGAGGUGCAAUGAGCAAUAAAAGUGAAUUAAA